GCGCGCCCACUCUCUUCGAGCUACCAUUGUUUACCCAUUCUCAUUUCUCCGUCUACCACUCCCCUGUUCUUCUCUCACGUUCAUCGGCUCAGCGAUGUACCUUUUCCAGGUUCCCUCUACAAGUCCAGACUCGUUUUAAGAUAUCCUUCUUCUGCUUCUUCUCAUCCUCCGCUCUCUCUUGUACCCAAAAAAAAAGGGGGCACGAAAACUCUGGAACUCACCUCUCUGUCGAAGUCCUCAGGCUCUCAGCAUCACAAUCACAGGUUCUUUCCAAGUAUUAGAACUUGAACAGCUAUUGUUAUUUGUUUUCGUGUUGAAGUUUCAACCUUGGGAUCUAAAUUGAGACUCCCUAUUCGUUUUUUGAUGGUUCUCUUGAAAACAGCAGCCAAAGCACGUCUUUGUGCCUCUAGGGGCUUUAAAGCCUUGACCCGCUUAUUCUGACUUCGGUGUUUCUGAUCUGCUUGUAAACUUUCAAAGCACCUGUCUUUUUGGGUUCUGGUCAGUUUUUGCCAAAUACCAAGUUCUACUUUGUUAGAGUUCUCCUAUGGGGGUGGUUCUUUGGGUCCGUCAGAUUAGGGUAAACGUUGUUCGAGAUUUGUGCUUAUAUCCGGCAGAUUAAACUUUCUGAUUAGUCGCAACCUGCCAGGCUGUUUAAGGGAAUUAAAUCCACUGGGUUUGAUUUAUUGAGUCAAGUCCCACUUACAUGGGGCAUCUUUAGCUUUGUACCUGUGGUUAUUUGAUCCGCCUUUUGGUUUUCAAAUUAUGGGCUUUUGUGAAUUCUGGUCCGUUUGACGUUCUUCCGAGUAUUUCUUUGCUAUUUGGCUGAUAGAACAUGAGUUUUCCGUGGGCUAAUAAUACUAGGAAUAUAAACAAUUGCAAGAUCGUAGAUUUGUCUGAAGAAUUUCUUGGUUGUUGGGUAUUAGGUAGCGUAAUCAGUUGGGUUUGAAGCGUUCUCUAUUCCUGUCGAGCACUUCAGCCAUGUAUUUGAAUUUCAAGUGGGUUUUUGGCGUCCUGUAUUCUUCUUAGCCCCCUUCUGCUGCUUUCGCUCAAAAUGACUGGAACUAGUCACUCUUUUGUGGAGUGGAGAGAAGAGUUUGUAUCGCAGGAGCGUGGCAAUCGUGUGGUUCACUAUUUCUUGAAGGAUUCAUCGGGGGAGUCCAUCCUUGCAGUUGUGGGAACUGAGAGAAGUGUUAGGCACAUGUUCUAUGUUGUUUCCGAGGAGUUCUUGCAAGUAUAUGGGAAGGAAAGUUCCAUUCAUGCUGGUUAUAAGUGGCGAUCGAGAAGAGAGGUCGUAGACUGGCUUACGUCUAUGCUAUCCAAGCAGCAUUUACCUGGAGGGUCCGAAUUACCAAAAUUUGACCCAAUACAACCUUUAGGGUCUCCCAGCUCCACAAUGGAUGGAAUGGGCGCUCCACAGACUCAAGCAGCAGAUGAUACGGGCCAUAUUGCAAUUUUCAAGGGACAUCAUCCAGAUAUUGUCUGGUCUGGUGUUGCAUGGAAAUGUGGUAAACAGCUCAAGCAUUACCCAUCAUUUUGCAGAAAUGGGACCACAAUAGCUAUUCAAUCCUUCGUCUUUGUCAUGGCUAAGGGGGAAAAUCACUAUCUUGCUUAUCUGGAAGAUAUGUAUGAAGACAAGAGGGGUCAGAAAAAGGUUAAAGUAAGGUGGUUUCACCACACUCAGGAAGUCGAGGGCAAAAUUCCUAUACGAAAUCCUCACCCAAAAGAAGUUUUCAUGACUCCAUAUGUACAGGUCAUUAGUGCAGAGUGUGUUGAUGGUCCUGCCACAGUCUUAACUCGUGAACAUUAUGAAAAAUGCAUCACUUCUUUUCCUCAUCCUCAAUGCGCCAGAAUACAUCUGUGUUAUAGGCAGUUCAGAAACAACAGAGUGAAGCCUUUUGACCUCAGCAAAUUGCGUGGCUACUUUGAUCAACCAAUUCUCUCUUGUUUGGUUCCCAAUCCCUUCUCAACGCCUGAGUCUAUAUCCCUUAGCCUGACUGGGGAAGAAGCUGAACAGUUGAGUUCAGGUGAGAAUGUAAAGGUGGGAGCUAAGAGGACAAGAAGUGGUAGGGUGUGCCGAAGUUUUGCUGCAGAUCAUUCAGGGGUCAGAAAUUCUGUUAGAAUUAACCAGACUAUAACAUAUGAACCUUACGAGAACUUAGACUAUAGUUUGUCAGGCAGCAGGAGAUUGCUUUCCCGAAAGCACAUUGGGUGUCACGUUUGGCAUACUCCACUAUUUAAGGUUGAUGAAAAAAUAGAGUUGCUCUGCCACGAUAGUGGCAUUCGAGGCUGCUGGUUCAGGUGUACAGUCUUGCAGGUAUCACGAAAACAGAUGAAAGUUCAAUAUGACGAUGUACAGGAUGAAGAUGGAUAUGGAAAUCUUGAGGAAUGGAUCCCAACUUCUAAAAUGGCCAUGCCUGAUAAACUUGGCAUGAGGCAUCUGGGUCGCCCUGCAAUUAGGCCAGCCCCUCCCAGUGAGGAACAAGUCGACCUUGCAAUUGAGGUUGGGACUGCAGUUGAUGCAUGGUGGAGUGAUGGUUGGUGGGAAGGAGUUGUGACUGGAUUGGAUGACUCUGGUGAUAGUACCAUGCAAAUUUACUUUCCCGGUGAGAGCAUACUGUUGAACGUACAAAAAAAGGAUCUAAGAAAAUCCAAAGAUUGGAUGGGGGAUCGGUGGGUUGAUAUACAGGGAAAGCCAGACAUACUCUCAGACCUAUCUGCAACUAUUGGCUUGGACUCUAAGCUUUCCCCAUCCUCAAACAUUGCCAAGGACAUCAAAUCUGGUGUUUCUAUGUCAUGUGCUGAUAGCAGUACCAGAUUUAAUAUUGCUGUAGACGAAAAGCUCGACUUACCUGCAGUCGCCAGUUCUGAUGGCCUUCCUGAAGAUAUGGAAAGAGUCGUUGAUGGUAAGUCACCACCAUUAAAUGACAAGGGAAAUAGGUUUGAAGGUGUUGACACGAACAGCAGUUGUAAUAAUGGGGAUGAUCUCCAAGGUGAUGAUGACGAUGAUAAUGACAAACAUGACAAUGAUGGUGAGAGUGGUGAUGACACUCAGAAUUUCGAUUAUGGGCAGAAUUGUAAAGCAGAACUCAUGGAACUGGCAGCACAAGAUGUUCAAUAGGAGUUUUAUAUGCCUUCAUUUAUGAUGGCGGUAGUAGAUUUUGUUAGUCGUGAAUAGUUAUACGGGUAUAGGGGAAGCUGAUUGCAUUUGGACUUGACUUUGUAACCUUUGUCGGCGUAUAGGUUUGAGGUUUAGAAUUUAAUGAUGGUUAUUGGAUUCGGAGCGUAUUAGAAUUUAAGUUCCUCUGCUUAGAAGCACUAGAAAGGAGUCAGUUGGAUUCACUUCUUGUAUCGUGUACCCCGAAUUUGUACUCUCAAAGUCAAAAUUACUUUUUUCUUCCUUGUCUUA